UCAGUGUAUUUGAAUUUUGAAUUGACCCUUGUGAUUUCCUAUUUUUUUUAAUUGACCCUUUUUAGAGCAGAAACCCUAAUUGCAGUUGCAGCGGCGUUUAGGGUCUCAACAAGAAACAGCUAAUGGGGGGAGAGGCCAGAGAGCCGAAGCCUCUGCAUCCAAUAUUGGCGUCGGCCGUCGGUCCGGCGUUGAUCAAGCACUUGGCGUCGUGCAACGCCACCGUCAGAUCUCAAUCCCUGCGGCUCCUGCAGUCAUGGCUGGUCUCGGAGUCGUCGCCGUCGCUGUCGCCGCCGCAGCUUUCGGACGGCGACAUGAAGAGGAUCUGGAAGGGACUCUUCUACUGCCUAUGGCACUCCGACAAGACGCCCAAUCAGGUAGCCCUAAUCGAUCGACUCACCUCUCUGUUUCUGUCGCUUCCGCCGUCGCUUUCCUUGGAUUAUUUCCGUGGGUUCCUGGUCACGCUUCGCCGGGAGUGGCCCGGCAUUGAUAGGCUUAGGUUGGAUAAAUUCUAUCUGACGAUACGGCGGUUUAUGAGGGCGUUGUUUGAAUUGAUGAGGUUGAGGAACUGGAAAUCGAAUGUUUUGGGGGAGUAUUUUAGGGUUUUGGAAUUCGAUGGGUUCCUGGCAGAGGAUAAGCUGCAGGGGAGUGGUGUGAAUUACCACAUUGUGUCUGUGUUUCUGGAGGAGCUGAAGGGGGUAGGUUUUCCGGCGACGGCGGAGGUUGUGGACGUGAUUCUGAAGCCCUUUCUUGAGGUGAUGAUGAGAGGGAAGGAUAAGAUUCUGGUAGGGAAGGUGAAGAGCUGUGUAUUCGAUGAGCUGGCGAAUGCCGGGAAGGAUUUGCUCGAGAAGAAGAAGAUGGGAGUGGACUGUGAUGAGAAUGUGUUCCUGCUGGGAGUGGUUGCUUUGAGAAUGGGAUUGGCGGGGAGGUUGUACCAGGUUGGUUCGUCGACAAACUGCAUUCAGGGGAAUCGGAAGGUGGUAUUCGCGUUGCAUGAUGUGUUUCUGAAACUGGAGAAGGAGUUGGAAACCUCUGGCUUUGAAAUUGGUGUGCCCGAAUACUGUAAUGUGAGUGAUGAUGCAGGUGAUGAGGUGCCGCCCCAGUUAAUCCCAAUUGAUUUUGGUGCCGGUGAAGGGCGCAGUGGGGUGGAUGACCCGGAGGAGGAGGCGUUGAGGAAGUGUAAGAAAGUGAAGAGGGAGAAAGAUGGGGAUGACAAGAAGAGGAAGAAGAACAAGAAGAAGAAAGAAAAGAAUGUUGAAGCACAUUCUGAAGUUAGCAAAGAAAAUGGCGUUGGAGUCGACAAUGGCUGUGACGAUGAUCCGGUUGACGAUCACGAAAGCAAUGGGAUUGAUGAAAGUAUGAUAUCCAACCUGCAGAGACAGUUUGAGAAAGUUGCCACAGAGAUGGAAUCUGAAAGAGCACGCAGCAAGAGGAAGAGAAGGACAGAAAAACAGAAACAGAAACUGAAAGAGAAAGCGAGUGAUGUUGGCUCGGAGAGCGUGGGGAAAAGCAGCAGCAGCAGCGCAGCAAAGAAAGUGAGGUUCUCGAUGAAGAACAAUUUGGUUUGGAAACCGCAGAAUCCAUUGCCACCGGAGAGUUUGAGGUUGCCGCCGUCUGUUACGCCGCGGGGGAGCGCCCUGAAGAAGGGUGUCCCACCAGGGCCGGUUGUAGAAAUUCCGAAGAAGAUAAAAACGAAGAAGAAAAAGGUGGUGAGCCAGUUGAAGAGUGCCAAACUUUUGGUGAAGCGCCGCCUCAAGUGAUAAUAGGUGCUGCUAAGCUAAGCUAAGCUAAGGUACAAACAAACAAACAAUAUAUCCUUGCUUGUUCCAUUUUUGUUUCUUUCUUUCUUUCUUGAUUUUAUUGACUGGCUGGCUGUCUUUGACAACAAACAAUAUGAUAUAUAUAUAUAUGUAUUGAUUGGAUGGA